ACAGCGCAUUGGGCCACAAGUACAGGCUCAACAACAGAGUUCUUCAUUAAAGACAUCCAUUCCAUUGUAAAGUCACUAGAAGGCGGACUGGCAAACGGAACCGCCACAGAUAUUGAAACUCCUUUCAAUAAAAAAAUACGCAAGUCGUGUGACGAAUGUGACUUCCAUGGAACGACAUUCUGUGAGAACAUAACAGUCGGAUUCGUCUGUCACUGCAAGGAGGGCUGGAAGACUUCGGCUAAUGUGGCUCCUUUAGCGAGCGCGCUUGCUUUGUCAACUCACCAAAUAAUUGUCAAGUUUGUAAAGGCGAUUCUCUUGAUCUAUCUUCCGCACAAUGAGCAGGAUCCUCAAACCUACUAUCAAGACAGUCGUUCAUUCGCACUGACCAUUGCCGGUUUUGGUGUCCUUCUAUUUCGACAACCAACGCUGUUCCAUCUUUCGUACCUUGAUUGCAAAUGGGUAUUUUAUGUUAUUACUGCUUCCUACUUACUAGGACUCGGUUUCUUCGCUGCUGAAGCCUUGAAUGCCCUAGAACUGAUUACCCUACAGCAGCCAAAUUCAUGGAUAACUAGGUUCUUUAAUCAUGAGACAAGGGAUGCAGAACUUGCAGUUCGAACUGUUGUUCCCAUCAUAGUUGUGGCUAGUGGUCUUCUGACAAUUCUAGCUGCUACGUACACGAAGGCAACAUCGUCUUGGAGCUGUUUGGGAGUAUUCUCGGCUGAAACCAUAGAUUUGUGGUCACCGAUCUUCCUAUUCGCCAUGUGUCUAGCUCUAAUUGCUACAGCAUUCUCCUAUAGAGGGUUGUUUAUACGUAAACACCUUCCACACUACCAGAUGAAAGUGGAAAUUUAUCUGAAUUCAAUUCCAAAUGGAGAGAAAAACACGAUUGAAAAAAGAAAUUUGAUAUUUACCGCUGUUGGACCGUGGUUAAUGUUACUUUCCUAUGUAACACUAGCGGUAUCGACUGCUUGGGUAACGGCAUCGUUCGCUAAUACUUUGGCUAUUGUAUUUGCUGCCCUAUACGGUGCAUGCAAUCUUAUACAGUCCAUUUUCACGACACCGGAGGCUAUCUAUAAAGAAGACCUCGGCCGUUGUGAUGCACUUUACAAAGAUUACAGCUCAGCUAUCGACAAGUGCUUACGGUUGGUCAUCGCUAUUGAUGUUUAG